GUGAAAGCAACAACAGGAGGGUGGAUUGGACUUUGAGCAUUCAAAGCACUGUCUGUGCCGUCCCAGUCCUCUGACAGAGCCUGGAUGAGAGUAUAAAAGCCCUGAGCUGAAGUCAAGAAAUCAGUCUCGUCUGAGUACUCGCCAACUUGAAGGGAGAGAGCUUCAACGAACCCAUCAUGGGGGACUCAAAGCUCUGCCUCUUGCUGCUCCUCAGCACAACUGCCUUGGCCUUUGCCCAAGAAGAAGAUCAGCCAACCUGCCUGCUGGCCAAACGGUACAAGACCCUGCACAAGUACGUCUACCAAUAUGAAGCUGAAUCUAUGAAUGCCAUCACUGGAGCCUCCAAGCUGGUGAACGGACCCAAAGGCGCCUGCACGGUUGAAAUUGAAGUACCUCAGUCUUGUAGUUACAUCGUCCGCACCACUGGCUGUAGCCUGAGUGAAGUGGUCGACAUGGACGCAGAAGGCAAUGUUGUGUUCGGCCCUGCUGCCGGCUCUGACGCCUUUGCUGCUGAAAUGGAGAAGUACCCUCUGAAGGUUGUGGUUGAGGGUGUGUAUGAUGUAAAACUGUACCCUGAGGAAGGUGAGACAACAAACAUCCUGAAUGUCAAGAGAGGUAUCAUCUCAGCCCUGGCUGUGCCUCUGGUUGAAGAGGAGAAGAACAAGAUUAUGCCCACAAUCCAUGGCAAGUGCAAGACCUACUACAACGUCAAUGCCAGAGAGGACAUCGCAACUGACAUCGAUCUCACCAGGGAUCUGUCUGGAUGCGACCAUUUUGGCCCAAUCAGAGCUCACACCAACCCUCUGGCACUUAUCCGUGGCUUGAACUACCCUGUGUCCAAGAUGAUCAGAAGCACUCAGACCUGCAACUACAAGUUCGACAACGAGAAGAUGCACCCCAUCUCUGGAGCCUGUACUGAGAAACACAUCCUCAUUCCCUUCUCACACAAGGGAGAGAAUGGCGUUACCAAUGUUGGAAAGCAAGCACUCACCCUGGUUGAGGUCACUCCUUACAACGAGAGGGUGUUUGAAACAAGCGGAAUUGUCAAGAGUCUUCAUGCUGACACUGUUGAGGACAAGAGUGUUAUCCAGGAUAAAGAUGCUGGUCUGAAACUCCUUGGAGAGCUGGCAGCUCUGCCCGAGGGUGAGAGCGACAGAAGGGCCGACCUCUUCAGAAGGCUCGUCACCAUGGUCCGUGGCAUGAAAUACGAGACCCUGAGUCCCGCCGUUCCCGAGGCUCUUGCCGUGUCCCGUGCGCUGACCUACCAGGUCCUGGCCCAGUGCGGAACCCCUGAGUGCAGCAGUGCCAUCAUGCAGAUCUUCAGGACUCUUGAUACAUCUUCACUCGAGGUUGAUGCCGGUGUGUUUGCUUUGGGACUGGUGUCCAAUCCUUCUCCUCUGCUGAUCAAUGACAUGCUGCAGAUGGCCAAAUACAAGCCUAGCAAGCCCAUCAUGUAUGCUCUGAGCAACGUUGUCAAGAGAUUCUACAAAGCUGAGGGAAAACUGAUCCCCGAGAUUCACGCUGUUGCUGAGUUCCUGACUGCACAGUUGGGCGAUUGCAGUGGUGACCAGGAAACCACUUUCAUGACAUUGAGGGUUAUUGGAAACAUGGCUGCUGCUGUUGGACCUGCCAGCCCUGCUCUCAGAGCUGCUGUGAUCCAGUGUGUGAACAAACCUGAAGCUUCCCUGGCUGUGCAGGAGGCUGCCAUCCAGGCAUACAGGCUCACCCCAGUCCCCGCUGAGGGCAGAGAGGUGCUCAUGCAGGUGCUUCUGGACGGUGCUAGCCCCAUGCAGAAGCGUAUCGCCGCCUAUCUGGUUCUUAUUAAGGACCCCAUGCCCACUGAACUGGAACAGCUGGCAGCUGCUCUUCCCAUUGAGCAGGACCAACAAGUCAAGAGCUUUGUGAUCUCACAUGUGACCAACAUUCUGUCCUCAACUCAGCCAGAGACCCUUGAACUGAGGCGCAGAAUUCUUGAUGCCCUGCAAGGUAACGAAGUUGGACCCACAAUGGACCCCACUAAGUUCUCUCGCAACUACAAGAUCGGAUCCGUGGAAGGCAACAUGCUCUUCGAGGGUGCCAGCUACCUGCCAAAGGAAGUCAUGCUUGAAAUGACUCUGAAGGCUUUCGGCUUUGACAUCGACAUGGUUGAGAUUGGCAUGGAGGGUAAAGGAUUUGAGCCAACUGUUGAGGCCCUGUUCGGAGAGAAUGGUUUCUUCCCUGACACUGUCCUAAAGACAAUGUACUUUGUCUCUGACAACAUGCCAUCCAGUGUCAACGAGAUCUUGGGUAACAUGAUGCCUGCCCUGAAGAGAGACAGAAUGAAGAGACAGGCCACCCAGAACCUGCUGAGAGACCUGGGACGCAAUGUGAACAAACUUGUGAGGGAUCUCAAGACAGCAGAGUCCCCUGAGGCAAUGGUUUAUCUGAGACUUUUGGGUAAUGAGUUGGGAUACCUGAAGACAAAUGAAAUUGAGGAGAUGGCCUACUCUGCAGUCAUGAUGAUUGACAGCAUGGCCAAGAUGUUCCCAGCUGAUCUUUUGAAGGCACUCAUUACCAGCGCUGACAACACAAUCUUUGCCCACUACGUUUUCAUGGACAAUGAGUUCUACCUGCCAACUUCCCCUGGUGUGCCUCUGAGGAUUGCCCUGUCUGGUACCUUCACCCCUGGCAUUAAGGGUGGACUUAAGAUCGCUCCAGACAUGAGCGAAGUCAGCUUCAUGCCCUCUGCUGGCAUCGAGUUUGACACUCGCAUUGGCUCAUUUGUCCCUGAAUACGUCAACUCCGGACUGGAGAUGCACACCAGCAUCUUCCAUGAGAGUGGACUCAAGGCCAAGGUCGCCAUGGCACGUGACAAUGUCAAGCUGACCAUCCCUGCUCCAGUGGCUCCAGUGAAGCUGGUCAAAAUCACAAACAGCUUUUUGGCUGUGGCUGGAACAUCAGAGUGGACCAUCCCCCCUGCAGUGACAGACAAGGUUGAUGUGAGCGAGUGCACACCCUUCUUUGCUGGAAUGAAAUACUGCAGUGCUCUGCUGUACACUGAUGCUUUCUAUCAGGAGACACCUUACUUCCCCUUCACUGGUGACAGCAAAUUUGCCAUUGAACUCCACCCAACUGGUGAAGUCACUGAGUACACAGCCACUAUUUCCUACGAGCUCCUCAGAGAGGGAGAAGAAGGCCGUCAGAAGGUUGACUCCCUCAAGGCUGUUGUGAGAGCUGAAGGUGCCGACCCCACUGAAGCCACAGUGCUGGUAAAAUACAACAGAAGGAAGAAUGUCCUCACAGCUGACAUCCAAGUCCCAGACUUUGAUGUGGAAGCCGGAUUCAGGCUGGGCAUUGUUGAUGGAAAUACCAAGGGCAAAGGAACUCACUCCAUCUCUCUUGACUUAAUCAACAAGAACAUCCCUCAGCUCUCAAUGGUUGGACGUGCCAAACUUAUGGCCAUGAAGGAAGCUAUGCUUGAGCUCCAAGUUCUUGUCCCCAUGCUUGAUGCUGACGCUACUGUCACAGCAAACCUGAAACGUGAUGAGGAAAUGGAACUGGCACUGAAGACUGACAUCAAGCUAAUGGGUGCCACAUCUGAGCAGAAGAUUGCAAUGAAAUAUGAUGGCAUGAAGGUUGAGGUUGAGGCCAAGUCUGAUGUGAACGCUGAGACUGCCAUCCUGCCCAAAGCUGGACUCAUUGAUGCGUACGGCAACCAGCUCCUUGACAUGCCAGUGGGACAGGCUGACAUGAAGGUCCGCCACAUCUUCAAGAAGCUUGGAGAGACUGCAAACGCCUACAUUGAACAGUAUGGUGCUGAUAUCAGAGUGCCUGAAAUGCCCGAGAUUUCCCUGCCAGAAAAACUGUUCCUGAACACUGAGGCAAAGGCUGUCUACUACUUCAACAACGAGCGAUUCACUAUCUCCCUUCCUCUUCCUCUUGGUGGAAAAUCAACAGAAGAACUUAAUUUCCCACCAGCCCUGACCACACCUGCUAUCUCUCUGCCCCAGUGGGGACUGGAGAUUGUUUCUGUGGAAAUUCCCAUCCCAGAGCUUGUUGUCCCUGAGAGCCUUACUCUGGCUAUUCCUCUCUUUGGAAAAGCUGAAGUUUCAGCUCUGAUGAAGAGCAACCUCUACAACAUGGAGGCCUCUGUGGCUGCUGGCAAAGAUGUUGUUGAGACACCAAGCUACUCAGCUAAGUUUGAUGUGACAGGAACCUCCCCAAUUGACGUUCUCUCUGUCAAGAUUGAAGGAUCUGGUAUGCUGGCCACCACUGAUGCCAUCAAGGCCGAACUGAAAACCUCUUUGGCCCACAAAUUCAUUGAGGCUAGUGUUGUUAUUACCGAGGAUGCCACAAUCACAGACAAGAUUAGCCUGAAGUCCAACAGCAAGGUUGAUGCCACAAGCCCCCUUGGUGUCAAAAUUGCACUUGAGCACACUGGUAUGGCAGGAAUCAACACUGAAGAAAUCUCUGCUGAAAGCAACUUAGAGGGAAUGCUGAAGGUCGGACCUGUGUAUGGAAAGGCCAUUGCAACUCAGUCAGCCACCAUCUCCCCAUUCAAGCCAGAAGCAAAGAUUGAUUCCACCCUUCAGAUUGACUCCACACUUGUCAAGGCCCAGAACACCAUUGCAGCAACUCUUGCCAAUGGUGAACUGUCAGUGAUGUCAAACACCAAUGCCUUUGAAGACACUCUGACCCAUGUUGCUGAGCUUUCCUUUAAAGACAGCAAGCUGUCUCUGAAAUCUGAUACCAAUGCCAUGCCUCUUGGUAUCAAGGUCCGCAACCAGGCUGAGGCCUCUGCUGGUGCAGGUGAAGUCCUGCUGAGAAUGGAGACCAAUGCAGACUACAGUGAAAACCGUGUUUACUCUCUGCAGACUGCUUCCCUCAACACCAACGGUCUGACUGUGAACAGCGAUGCCACCAUUAAGAUCCUUGAGAAUGAGGCAACUCACAAGGCUACUCUGACAAUGAACAAGGAUGGUCUGACCACAAGUGGAUCCAACACUCUUCAGAGCCCCCUUGCAUUGGAGAACACAUUCAAUGCUGGCUUAGAUGCUGCACAGGCCUCUCUGUCUAUUACCAACAAGGCUGUUUUGAGCGACAUUAAGGUUGAUAAUGCAAACACUCUGACAAUUACUCCAGCCAGCCUUGACUUCAGCUCAAAGGCUGAGGCUGCAGCUAGUGAGUAUGCUGCUUACACUCAUGAUAUCACCGUUGCUCUGAAAGACUACACAGCAACUGCCAAUGUUAACAACAACCUGAAACUUCUGGAAGCCAACCUCAUCAAUGAGGCCAAGCUUCAGGCAGAGCUCUACAAAAUCGAUCUCACUGGAAGCCUGAAAGCCGUGUAUGGCGAGGAAGAGAUCAAGCACCUUUAUGAGGUGAAUUACGCUGAUAUGGCAGCACUUGCAAAAUGCAGCACUACUGGAAAACUCCUUGGAACUCACAUGAACCAAAACACUGAGAUUGAAGUUAUUGGCCUUGCUGCCAGGAUCGCCAACGAUGCCCGCUUCAACUCACAGCCAAUGCGCUACGACCACACCAUCCGUGCCAGUGUUGUGCCUUUUGAUUUCAACCUUGAUGCCAUCGUCAAUGCUGACGGAGACAUGACCAUGUAUGGCAAGCACAGUGCUCAGCUCUACGGAAAGCUCCUCCUUAAAGCCCAGCCCCUGGCACUGGCUAGCUCACAUGAAUGGAGAGCAUCACUGAACCAGCAGCUGGAUAAUGGUUUCACCCUUGAGACAACAUUGGACAACAAGAUGGACAAUGUUCUGUCACUCCAGGAGCAGAAGAGCAGCUUCAGAAUGAAAUCAAAGGUGAAUGAGCAUGCCUUCAACCAGGACUUGAGCAUUUACAAUACUGCUGAAAGAGCAGGCAUUGAGGUUUCUGGCACCAUCCUCACCAACAUCCUCAACAGCGAGUCCCCAGACAACCAGGAAUAUGCCAUCUCAGGCUUCCUCAAGUACGACAAGAGCACAGACAGUCAGCUUAUCCAGCUCCCUCUUAUUGACCUGCCCACCUUAGUGGAAAGCAUCAAGGGUGUAGUUGUGUAUGUUGGAGAGGCACUGCAAGGCUUCAUCAACAAUGAGGAGGUAAAGGCAAGACUUCAAGCUAUUCCACAGUACGUAGAUGACUUUGUUUCUCAACUGAAUCUUGAGGAAAAGGUUGCUCUGCUGAAACAGUACUUAAGUGAUCUUUCACAAGAAUACAUGAUCACCAUGGAGGAUGUGGAAGCCACUCUGACAAACCUGAAGGCAACUGUUGUAACCCUGCUGUCAGAUCUCAGUGUUUACAUCCAGAACAUUGCUGUAAUGGUUAAGGAGAUUAUUGCCAGUGGUACCCUACCUGAAACCCUCACUCAGACAGUCCAGCAGUACUGGACUGCUUUCAAUGAGGAGUACGACAUCAAGGCCAUAGUUGUGUACAUCAUUGACACAGUUACAGAGAUGAUCCAGCAGAUUGACCCAGAAAAACUGAAGGACAGCAGCAUUGCAUUCCUGAGUGAUAUUGAAGCCCAGUAUGCCAUUAAGGCUAGACUGCAGGAAAUAAUUAGUUAUAUCAAGGAGACAGUUGAGACCUUUGACAUGCAGCAAUUCCUUGAUGGUCUGAAGAACUUCAUUUCAUCUAUUGACCUUAAAGCUCUCAUUGAUACACUCGUUAGUAAGCUUCCCACAGAGUUGAUCAGCGAAGUCACAACCACAAUCAAAGAGCUUGUUCAGGAUCUGGACAUCCUUGGUAAGAUCAACACAUUCUACGCCAAGUUGAGAGAGCUGUUGGUGAAAUUUGAGGCUGACAAGAAGGUUGUAGCUAUCUUGGAAAAGGUUUUGGAGAUUAUCAAGCAACUCAAAAUUGAGGAAACCAUCAAGACUGUUACCACAAUGGUGAAGGAUGCCGAUCUUCCAGGAAAACUGAUGCAGCUCCUCCAGACCACCGUUGAGUACUUGAAAACAACUGAUGUUGAGGGUAUGAUUCAACAACUGAAUGCACUUAUUGAAACUGUUGUGCAGAAAGUGAAUUCAUUGGAGUAUAACGAUCUGGUGACAAUUGCCAAUGAUUGGAUCAAAUCAUUGACAGAUAGUGUGAAUGAGCUGAUCAGAACCCUUGAAUUCCCCCAGAAAUUUGAGGCAGCAAAAGAGAUGAUCAACCUUGUCCUGUCCUCUGCUUCAGGCUUUAUGGAGAGCUUAAGAGAAAUCAAAGUUGCAGAAUUGAUCAAAUCUGUUAAGGAUUUCAUCGACCAAAGUUUGCUUGCUAACCUUAAGGGAAUUGCUGAAUAUGUUAAGCAGACAAUUGCAGAUUGGGAUGUCAAUGCUGACAUCACAUAUUAUCUGAACCUUGUAAGCAAAUACUACACAAAGGUCUUUACCAUCAUCACUAACAUGUUCACAAAUAUCGUUGAGGUGAUUAAGACAGUCUUACCCGACCAGAAAAUCAUCAGUGAGAUUCAGCAAAUCUUUGAGAGCCUCCUUACUGAACUUAAAAAGCUUGAGCUGAGCACACCAUCCUUCAGUGUUCCUUUCACAACUCUUGAUGUUCCUUCAAUGAAGUUGAGCUUGGAAAAACUUGAAAUCCCAACACAGCUGGACAUUCCUGAGUUUACCAUCCUGGGCGCCUACACUGUACCAGCCACCACAAUUACCAUUGAUGACAUCAAGCAGAAAAUAAUUGCACUUCUUGAUUUCAUUGCUAACUUUGAGAUCACAAUGGUGGACAUAGAUGCCUUCUUUGGAGAACUGACAAUGAACUACCUUCCUACCUUGCCAGCAAUUGCCUUCCCCGAGAUCACUCUUCCUGAGAUCUCAUUCCCUGCCAUCCCAUCAGUCCCUGUAGAAAAAUUUGUCAAGUCUCUCCAGGUUCCUGAGAUCAAACUGCCAACUAUUCCAAGUGGAUUCAUGGUACCAUGCUUUGGCAAACUCUAUGGUGAAAUCAAAUUCACUCUGCCCAUCUAUGCAAUGAGGACAUCUGCUGAGAUUCAGAACUCAAGUGAGAGUGAAACAACACCCACACUUACUGGAUUCUUCUCAUCCCAGGGCACAUCUCCAAGUUUUGAAAUCCUCAAUUACAACAUUGACUCCACUGCUCGUAUUGCAAUCCCAAAAAUGAGCCGUGUUGUUGUGGCAGAGACCCUCAAGCUGAACCAUCUUAUUCUUGGAGUUGAUCAUCAGGCAUCUGUGAGCCUCUAUGGCCUUUCAGCCCAGGCCCAAGCCAAAACCACAGUUAAGGUUACUACUACCCCCUACACAGCUGAAUUUAUGAACACAGCCUUUAUUGCUAUGGAAGAAGGAAUGUCUGCCUCUCUUGAUACAACCUACACUCAUGUAGUGGACCUUCCAGUUUUCAAUGUCAGAAAUGAGGCCACUGCAAGCCAGAAAGCAGUUGCUCGUCUGAAUGGCUACACCCUGACUCUCACUGUGGACAAUUCUGGCAAUGGCAAGCUUAAUUCUGAAGAGGGCACCCACAAGAGCAACAUGCAUUUGUCACUCACUCCCAGCAUUGCCACUCUGACCUUCUCUGGAGACACAGACUCUACUCUCUUGAAGAUGAAACAGCAAGCUACAGCUGAGUUAGGUACCUUCUCCUACCUCAAGUUUAACAUCCGCAAUGAAGCUGAGGCACCAAUCAUCAAGAACAGUCUUUUUGUGGUAACUGGACAUGCCAACCUCUAUGACCUGAAGGUUGAGCUGAAAGCAAACCAUGAUACAGAACUGAAUGGUCCAAUCAGUGGAGUCCUGUCCAAUGGCAUCAAUGUUAUGGUCCGCCCUGUGGAGAUUGUCUUUGAAUUCCAGAACAAAGGAAAUGCCAAGGUCACCAUGUUUGAAACUAUUACUGCCAAGCUAGAUCUGCAGAAUGAUUAUACAGCCAUCUUGAAACCUGAGGGCCAACAGAUUAACACUGUGGCUCUGGCUCGUCUCAACCAGUACAAAUUGUUCUACAAUUUAACUGUUGACAACAAUGCAAAUGAGGCUGGCAUCUUUGCUGCUGUAGAAGGCGAAGCAAACCUUGAUUUCCUGACAUCCCCCAUCAGCAUUCCAGAGCUUGACCUACCUUUUGUUGAUUUCCACACCCCAGCUAUCAGUGAUCUGAACUUGUAUGAGGAGACUGGACUGAAGAACAUUCUGACCACCACUGAGCAGACUGUAGAUGUAGAUGCCAAAGUUAUUUACAAGAAGAGUCAAGCUGCCCCUCUUGCUGAUAUCAUGGGUCUUAUCCAGAUCCCCUCUGUGGGUAACCUGAUCACAGAGCUGUCUUUCAAGUCCGCCAUCAUUAACUUGAAUGCCAAUGCUGGACUAUUUGCUGAGGAUGAUCUUGUAUUCCGUCUGGGUGCUACCACAGCUUCUGUGUUUGAGGCCCUGGUAGCCAAAAUUGAUGGCACCACCAGUCUCACCACUAGGAGAGGAAUCAAGCUGGCAAACUCUCUUUCCCUUGAAAACAAGCACAUUGAAGGAACUCAUGACAGCACAAUCAGUUUGAGCCUCGAGACCCUUGACGCUGCUGUCUCUGUGGCUACAGUUGCAAAGAUUGCCCUGCCCAUCCUCAACCUGGAGGCAAACCAAAAUCUGGUUGUUGACACCAAAACCAAACCAAGUGCUGCAUCCACCUGGACAAUGAAGGGCAACUUCAAUGUCCCAGUGAUCAAUGCUGUUGGAAAGGCCGAGCUGGACCACAGUCUGAAGCUGGAGGGAACCUUUGAAUAUGCUUCAAUCGAGACAUCCACAAGGGCAAAUAUGGACGGAACAGUGCUUGAAGACUAUCUGCUUUUGGGAGUCCUUGAUAAUGAGGCCAACAUGUAUCUUAAUGCUGAUGGCCUGCGAUCUGCUCUCAAGGUAAUCGCUGAUGCCAAGCUUAACCAGGGAACCACCAAAAUGCUUGCCAUGGAUGUUAAUGAGAAUCUUGAAGUUGAAGCCUCUCUUAGCCGUGUGUAUGCAGUGCUGAAGUUUAUUGGAAACAAUGAGGCAAAUGUGUUCACCUUCAACACCAACGGAAAGCACGUUGCCCAGGCUACAAUUGAUCUUGCACCAACCUCCUCACUGACCGCUGACAUUGAGAUUGAUAUGUCUCAGCCAACUAGCAUUGGUGAUUUCAUCAUCUAUGGGAAAGCUAAUGCUGGAGUAACACCUGCAGAGCAGAAGAUUUCUGCAAAUGCCAAGGUUGCCAGCCCACUGUUUACUACAAACCUGCAGGCUGAUGUUGAGGGAAAUCUCCCUGUCCUCAAAGUCAUCAUCAAGUCUUCUGCCACCUCUGUUGUUGGGUUCUUGCAAUAUGACAUUGAUGCUUCAACUUCAACAAGCUUUGAGGAUGAAGCUCUGAGCUGGAUCACCAAACUUGCCCUGACACAUGCUGACUUGACCAUGAACGUAAACCAUGUUCUGAGCCUGCCCUUGAGCCAUACCCUGAGUGUGGACAUCAACAGUCCUACCUUCACCGAUGUGAACGCUCAUUAUGCUCUGAGCAACGGCAUCAGUGCUUCCGUUUCUAUCCCAGCUGCUGGCUUCUUGGGCCUUCAGCUCAAUGGUCCAGUCCCAAGUGCAAGACUCUUUGGCCGUUACCCUUCUGCCCCAGAAGUUGAUGUUGACAUCUUGAUCAUCAAAGCAGCUCCUAAGGAUGCUGAUAAGAUGAGCCUGCAGGUUGCCUACAACAUGGAGGCACCCAAAGUACUGCUCUCUGAAGCCAAGACGAGACUCCCUUCCAUCAUCUCUACAUUGACAAUGUUUGCUGACAAAUACCAAAUCACAGGCUACAUUGUGGAGUUGAAGAACUCAGUUGUUACCCGCAUUAGCGAAGCAUAUGAUGCUGCAGUUAACUAUGAUGCUUCAUUGAGCCAACUGUCAAUCUUCUUCAGGAACUUCAUUGUUCAGUACCAACGUACUGUUCAGACCUUCCUGGAUGCAGUCAUCAAGGUCCUUAGGGAGACCCAGUUCAAACUGCCAGGUACUGAUGAGAUGACCACUCUCCCUGAAGUACUUAAGAAGCUUACCAGCAGCAUUGCUGCUAUGCUAGAUGUUAUCAUCCAGGGUGUCUAUCAGAUUGUAGAAGUGUACCUGAACUCCUUUGUCGACAUGAUCAGUAACGUGAAAGUGCGCAUGCCAGUUGGUGAUGCAGUCAGUGUAGGACAGGUCUUUGAACAGGUCAAAGCAACUUACAAGGCAAUCUUUGAUGGGCUGGUGGACUUUGUGAAAAAUAUGGAAAGUCUUGACACAAUGCUGGAAAAGAUUGGUGAGACCCUGAAGGCUGUUGUUGAAAAAUCCCAGCAGCUUGUUGACUCUGUUCAGUCAGACUAUUUGGAUGCAUUGUUCAUCAACAUCAACAUCCUCUAUCGUAACGUUGUCACAGUCUUAAAGACUGUUGUUGACCAGGUCUCUGCCCUUGACUUUGAGCAGCUCAACAGUACAGUUGAGUAUGUUAUGGACACACUCAUUUAUGUUGUGGAGACAAUCAACAACACCGUCUAUGGUAUCCUUCAGGGAGCUUCAGCUGAGGCUCAAACCUACAUGAAAGUUAGUGAUGGUAGGCUUGAGAUUGAACUUCCAAUCCCCUUCCCUCAGUAAGGAAACCUCACAGACUGAGGCCUAAGUCCAUAUGAAACACUACCACCUGUUAAAAACAUGCAUGGAAGGAGUAUGGACAUUUAGCUCUUUAACCAUAUUUAUAACACUGAGUUUAACAACAACCAUUGUAGCACCAUUUUAAUCUAAAUGGUUUAUUGUUUGCAACGUUGAAAUGUAAAGUUCUACUGAAAGGCGACUUCAUGUAAAUGGUGGAAAGCAUCAAUAAAAAAAUUUAAACUCA